AUGAAGUUCCUGGUGGAGUCGGGCGACGCCGAGGGGAAUGCCGGGCCGUCGUACCGGAACGUGCUGGCCAAGGACACCGGCCUGCUGCAGUCCCCGCCCGGCGUCGACUGCCUCUGGGACCUCUUCCGCGCUUCCGUGGAGAAGUACCCCAGCAACCCGAUGCUCGGUCACCGGCUAGUUGUCGACGGCAAGGCCGGCGACUACGCCUGGAUGACUUACAGGGAGGUCUGCGACGUCGUGAUCAAGCUCGCGGCCUCCAUGAGCAAGUCCGGGGUCAAACAGGGUGAACGCGCUGGCAUCUACGGUGCAAAUUGUCCGGAAUGGAUCAUCAGCAUGGAGGCUUGCAACGCCCUCGGAGUUUGUUGUGUGCCGCUCUACGACACUCUUGGUGCUAAUGCAGUGGAAUUUAUCACCUGCCAUGCCGAACUCCUGAUUGCUUUCGUGGAAGAGAAGAAGAUUGGCGAGCUCUUGAAAACCUGUCAUGCCACUUCAAAGUAUUUGAAAACAAUCAUCAGCUUCGGAGGAGUCACAAAUGAUCAGAAAGAGGAAGCUAAGAACCAUGGGCUGUCCAUUUUCUCAUGGGAGGAAUUCCUGAUCACGGGUGGAGGUGAACCUGUUGAUCUUCCUGAAAAGAAGAAAUCCGACAUCUGCACAAUCAUGUACACAAGUGGAACAACAGGAGACCCUAAAGGUGUUAUGAUAUCAAAUGAAAACCUUCUUGUUAACCUGGCCGGUGCUGAUUCUGUCGUGCAAUCUAUUGGUGAAGCUUUUGAUCAAGACGAUGUUUAUUUGUCAUAUCUUCCACUAGCUCAUGUCUUUGAUAGAAUGUUUGAGGAAGUGUUUAUAUCUCAUGGAUCGAGAAUCGGAUUUUGGCGUGGGGAUGUCAAGUUGUUGGUUGACGAUAUUGCAGCACUAAGACCAACAGUAUUUUGUGCUGUUCCACGUGUACUCGACAGAAUAUAUUCAGGUCUUACGACCAAGAUUUCUGCUGGUGGUAUAUUAAAGAAAACCUUAUUUAAUCUUGGUUACAAGAUGAAACUAGACAGCAUGAAGAAAGGAAUUAAACAUGAGAAGGCAUCUCCAUUCUUUGACAAGUUAGUUUUCAGCAAGGUGAAAGAAAGGCUGGGUGGAAAAAUCCGUAUUAUCGUGUCUGGUGGCGCUCCUCUUGCUGUGGCGGUUGAAGAAUUUUUGAGGGUUGUGACAUGUGCACAUGUUGUUCAAGGCUAUGGACUCACCGAAACCUGUGCGGGAUCUUUUGCUGCCAUACCAAAUGAAUUCUCCAUGGCUGGGACUGUUGGCCCACCAGUUCCACAUAUAGACGUUCGCCUUGAGUCAGUUUCAGAGAUGGGUUAUGAUGCUCUGGCUAGCAUUCCUCGUGGCGAGGUAUGCGUAAAGGGGAGUGUUCUGUUCUCUGGAUACUACAAAAGAGAGGACCUAACACAGGAAGUCCUGACUGAUGGAUGGUUUCACACAGGGGAUGUUGGUGAGUGGCAACCAAACGGAGCCUUGAAAAUCAUUGACAGAAAGAAAAAUAUAUUCAAGCUUUCACAAGGAGAAUAUGUUGCAGUGGAAAAUCUAGAGAAUAUCUACGGUGUUCUUCCAGAGAUUGAUUCGAUAUGGGUGUACGGGAACAGCUUUGAAUCUUUCCUUAUCGCUGUGAUAAACCCCAACCAACAAGCGCUUGAGAACUGGGCUGGACAGAAUGGAAUCACUGGAAAUCUGGAAGAAGUAUGCGAGAACACAAAGACUAAAGAGCAUUUUAUAGCAGAACUCGCAAAGGCUGCAAAGGAGAAGAAGCUGAAAGGGUUCGAGUUCAUAAGGGCCGUCCAUCUUGACGCGGUGCCGUUCGACAUGGAGCGCGAGCUCAUCACCCCGACGUACAAGAAGAAACGGCCGCAGAUGCUCAAGUACUACCAGGGAGCCAUCGACGCGCUGUACAAGAGCUCAAAAUAA